AUGGGCCUGCGCAAACAGCCCCCACCGCGUCUUGAGAACCUUACGAAAUCCACCUCACGGUCGAAAGCACGAUCGCCGACUUCCCCUUCCAACUCCUCCUCGUCCCACCGCCCGGGCCGUUUGAACCACUUCCCCUCCGAGGACCCCAUCUAUUCGCCCGACCUCAAUACUUCACCUGCCUUUGAUCUGAUGCCACUCGAGGAGGCACAGAGGUCGCCGGUGGGCUCUCCGGCCAGCCACCCGCCGAAUUCAUGGCCUGAUCACCCCCGGUCUGACCCCAGCCACCCCAGGCAGAACCAAUACGAUCAGUAUGCGGGGACUUCCUAUGAUACCACCACCAGCCCCUGGGUUCCGCCUGAAUUGAUGGCAGGUCAACAUACAGGGGCUUCGGAGAAUGUAUGGCGUUCAAAUAAUACCGGCGAUGCCUCCGCGGGGGAGCUACCAGUGCCGCUACAAUCCAACAACCCGUUCUUGAAGUCUCGACCAGCCGAGCAGACCCAGGAUCUUUUGGACCGAAAUGAGUGGGGGCGUGAUUCGCAGGCAUCGAACAGUGAGCCACUGGGUCAGACCGAGGGAUACAUCCCAAUGACUGCGCGAUUGUCUCUUUUAGACGAGCCAGAACAGAACUCUCCAUGGAAUGAAACCCUUCAUAACGACCAACGCCCUGUGCUGGAUGGUCAUCAUCUUGACAACAAUUCACCAUGGGGAUCACAACAAUCCAUCAAAGUUUCAGCGCCGCAAGAUAUAUAUGCACAAGACGAAUCGAAUCCGUAUGCACCGGCAGUGGUUGUCCAGCAAUCUGAGCCGUCAUGGGGAACUGAAUAUGAUCGUACGAAUCAUACUCAAUCCACGCAUACUGGAAGGCUUGGAUCAGAUGCCGGAAUCAACACUCCCUCUGUAACCCUUUCUACUGCAACCUCGGCUACAUCCCAUGAACUGAUCGAUCUUGAGGAUGCGGACCCUUCAAAACAUCUGGGGUACGAAACCGGGUCUCGCGCAGCGUCUUCAGUCUACUCGUCGGAAGCUCUCGCCAAAGGAGAAAAGCCGAUGGACACUGGAACACAAAAUCCGAUGUCCACCACAGCACAGUCAGGGCUUGCAGUGGAGAAGCAGCUGCAACCCCAACCGAGCCCCGUCCUGUCCGACGCGGAGGCUGCGCGACAAAUGGAGCAGAGAUCCGAAACUUAUACCAUUCGUCAUGUUCGUUGGACGGAUUCUACGGGCGAAUUAGUGGAAUCUCCAAUACUUGUUCAAAACCAAAACGGACCUUGUCCAUUGCUGGCACUGAUCAAUGCAUUGGUGCUACGGGCAGACCGUAAGGUUCAGCCACCAAUUGUGAGGGCCCUGUCAAGUCGCGAGCAAAUCUCGCUGGGACUUUUGAUAGAGGCAAUGUUUGAGGAGCUGACCACUUGUCUGGGCCCUGAUGAGGAGUUCCCGGACAUUGAAGCUCUUGCGCAAUUUUUGACUAUGCUUCAUACUGGAAUGAACGUUAACCCACGGUUGACCCUGGAAUCCACUGAUGGAUUUGGCUGUUUCCGUGAAACCACUGAUCUUCGGCUUUACAGCACAUUUGGUGUCCCCUUGAUUCACGGCUGGGUAGCUUCGUGGUCUAGCCCUACUCAUGCUGCGAUGACACGAACCGCGCAGUACCACGAAGAUAUCCAGCUUCUACCCUUCCGCAGACAGGACUUUGAAGAACGGGUGACACGGGGCGAAUCCCUCACAUUUGAGGAAGAGAGCACCAUGGAGGAUAUUCAAAAUAUCCAACGUUUUGUGGAAGUCGACAAUGCGACACAGUUAAGUCCAUUCGGCCUUACACAGUUGUCCACCAUCCUCAUUCCGGGCUCUGUCUCAAUUCUCUUCCGCAAUGAUCAUUUUGCAACACUCUACAAACAUCCGCAAUCUCACCAACUCUACACUCUGGUCACCGAUGCCGGUUAUGCAAGUCAUGCGGAAGUGGUCUGGGAGUCGCUAGUGGAUGUGACCGGAUUCAAUACAGAAUACCUUUCGGGCGACUUCCGUCCCGUCGGCGCAGGUCCCUCCGCACCAUCCCCCGUGGCUGCUCCCCGCACGUCCAGUGCAGCCGCCAGUCCUGCAGAGGAUGCUUCAGGCUCUUCGGAACCAUCCCAAGAGCAGAGCGAUGCCGAUUAUGCGUACGCCCUCUCGCUCCAGUUCCAGGAGGAGGCACAACGUGAAAAUGACAGCAACCCAAAUCCACCACUCCCUGAUCGUCGCGCCUCGGCUAGGCAUAGUUCUUCCAGUCGACCAACACCUUCACCCCGCAUGAGCAACGUGCCUAACCGAUCAUCGAGCGUGCUCAACGGGGCGGGCCCUCAACCCAACCCGCCACCCCGGGAAAUUGACCCUGACGAUCCCAACGCGCCCCCUCCUCCGUAUGAACAAGCUGCCGGUGGUCCACGGUACUCGCCUCCCGAUAGAAGAUCGUAUGGUGGUGCGGCGAAUCAGUAUCCUGGAAACCGCAACUCGCGCAGCCAAUACCCCGCACAUCCCCAUCGUUCGCGGCCCUCUGUGUCUUCUGGGACCGAUCGAAUGAACAGAGAUCGGAACAAAGAUUGCAUCGUCAUGUGA